AUGGCUCUCGCCGACGAAUCCAACCAUAUCGUCGAACAAUUCGACUUCUCCGACGAUGAGCUCAACAAAAAUGUGAAGGAAUUCUUGAGGCAAAUGGACGAGGGUCUUCACAAUGAGGGCACCAGUCUCCAGCAAAUUCCUACCUACGUCACCGGCGUUCCCAAUGGCACAGAAAAGGGCCUUUACCUAGCUGUUGAUCUAGGUGGCACAAACUUCAGAGUCUGCUCCAUUAUGCUAAAUGGCGACACCACCUUCAACCUCACUUACAACAAGGUUGCUAUUCCCAAAAACCUUAUGGUCGCAAGCACCUCAGCAGACCUGUUCUCUUUCCUCGCAAAGCAGAUCGAAAUCUUCCUGAAGGAGCACCAUGCCGACCACUUCGACUCUCACUUGCGCCGCCGCAACACAGCCAGCGCCCCGGAGGGCUAUCGCGAUGAGCACAUUUUCCGUCUGGGCUUCACCUUCAGUUUCCCCGUCAAGCAGCUUGCCAUUAACAAGGGUCUGCUGAUUCGAUGGACCAAGGGAUUUGAUAUCCCCGAUGCUGUAGGCAAGGACGUCUGCGCUCUGCUCCAGAACGAGAUUGACAACCUUCACCUUCCAGUCAAGGUUGCUGCGCUUGUCAACGACACCGUCGGUACUCUCAUGGCCCGAUCUUACACCUCUACUGGCAAGAGCCGCUCUGUUUUGGGCGCUAUUUUCGGUACUGGUACCAACGGUGCUUACAUGGAGAAGCUGGAUAACAUCAAGAAGCCCAUCACGGGCGACUAUGACCAGUCAACAGGUGAGAUGGUUGUCAACACUGAGUGGGGUUCCUUUGACAACCAACUCAACGUUUUGCCCUCCACACCCUGGGACAAGGCUCUCGAUCUUGGCAGUGUGAACCCUGGCGACCAGAUGUUUGAGAAGCGAGUGUCGGGCAUGUUCCUGGGCGAGAUUGUACGACUGGCCGUGGUCGACCUGAUCAACAGCGAACACUCGUCCCUGUUCAAGGAUCUCAACUCGAGCUUCAACGACUGGGGUACCACCACUAACAUCGCACCCUCAUCUGGUUUCCUCAAGCCCUGGGGAAUGGACAGUGCCAUUAUGUCUGUAGCCGCUGCCGAUAACACCCCUGAGCUGUCAACUCUUCGACAGGAGCUCGAGAACCUACUCAGCGUCUACACUCCUUCGUUGGAGGAUGCCCAGGCUUUCAAGGCCAUUUCCAAUGCCGUCGGUCGCCGUGCCGCUCGGUUGUCCGCUGUCGCCAUUGGUGCUAUCGCCAUUAACUCUGGAAAGCUCAACGACAUGAACGAGGAAGUUAUUGAUAUUGGUGUCGACGGUAGUCUCGUUGAGCACUACCCCUUCUUCCGCGACAUGAUCUACGAAGCCCUCGCCUCCGUUGACGGCAUUGGCCCCAAGGGUGUUGAGAAGAUCCGGAUCGGUAUUGCCAAGGAUGGCAGUGGUGUCGGUGCUGCCCUCAUUGCCCUUGUGGCUGCCGGCAGGGAGAAGCCCGAGGAUUACCUUACCAACCUGAGGUCCGAGUCCAACCGCGCUCGCAAGGCUUCUGAUCCGUUCCUCGAAUCAUCACCUGUCUCCAACCAGGCCCUACUAGCUGGUGGCGUUGUUGGUGUCCUUGCGCUAGCAGCCCUAUGGUACAGCAAGCGUCGAUAA